AUGAAAAGAUUAAUAUUGAGGAAAAUAUACUUUUAUGUAAAAAGUUCUAGUUUCUAUUCUAGCAGUUUUGUACAUUCACAAAAAUUGUUUUUCAGCCAAAACAACACAAGUUCUACUAAAAUCGUCGAUAAUAAUGCAAGUUUUCAUGAAUUAAAUUCCAAAUCGCAGCCUUCCAAUUCUAACAAUAUUCAAAAUACCUCAAAUCAAUCUCCAAAACCCGAGGAAUCACAAAAUUCAACAGAAUCGCCAGAAUCUCGAGAAUCUCCAAAAUCUCAGGAGUCUGAUGAUCCUGAGAAAGACUUUAAAACUGGUUCUAAAUUGAAGAGAUUUCGUUUUUUGCCUUUUGGUAUAUAUGGAGGUGCUUUGUUGGUGUUUAGUGGUUUCGCUUUGUCAUAUUACAUUGACCGCGGCAAGGAUUUGAAGGGCCUUAAGUUCUCUCAGGUGCUUGACGACCUCACUCAAUACGUUUACGACACCAUCGAGGAGUUUUUUCCAACUGACAACAGUCCUCUACUUCCCGAUUUCAAGGAGUUAAACUAUCCUCCAAACCUUCCAACUCUGGUUCUCGACCUUGAUAAGGUAAUUGCGAAGAUGGAGUAUGACCGUAAGUUGGGGUGGCGAGUGAAGAAAAGGCCCUACGCCGACAAUUUCUUCAAGGAAUUAAUUAACUAUUAUGAGAUUGUGAUUUGGUCAGAUGAUGCGUAUCCUGUGGCCUAUGACAUUGCCAAUCAUUGGGGCCUUCCUGUGAUUGGAUGCAUUCACAGGGACCACUGCAAGAAGUUCAAGGGCAGCUAUAUUAAGGAUUUGUCUCGUCUAGGGCGUGAUCUCGACAGGGUCGUUAUGAUCGACCACGACAAGACUGCGUGUGCUCUUCAGCAGGAUAACUGUAUCCUGAUUAAGGAGUUUGACGGGGACGAAAACGACGAGGAACUGUUGUUACUUAUUAACUUGCUGAAGACGAUGGCUAUAAACCCUACCGAUGUUAAGGCUCAGAUACGUGAACUGGGUGGAGGUCACGACUACGGGAUUGGCCGCAGAUUCAGCGAGCGUUUUUGUAUGAAGCAGAAAAUUGCUGAAAAGAGAAUGAACCUCAGUAAAAUGAUGGGAUUCAAACAUUGA